AUUUUUCUUAACAAUGUUUUCCUCAGGCUCAAACCCUUUUCCCGAGCUUCCGUCAUCCCCCAAUGUCUUCUUUCCUCCUAAUUUUCUCUUUUACCAUAAAAAUGAUUGUUCUUGCUGUAACUACCACCUGAAUAAUAGCGACCCUUUUAUCUCCGGCGAUUGUUUUCACGAUACAAAUAACAGUCUUGCUCCUCCUUCUCCGGACAUAUAUAAUAUUUCUACAGUAAAGCAAGAUUUAUGUAGGAAGAAGACGUUGUUUUCUGUAGAACAAGUGUUGCAAACUUGUGAAGAUCAUGAUGUUCUUCUACAACCGGUAAUUUCACCCUGCAAUAAGAAAACGGUGGCAUCAAAAGAUGGGCAUAGUAAGAUCUACACAGCUCGAGGCCCCAGGGAUCGGAGAAUGAGAUUGUCCAUUGACAUCUCACGAAAGUUCUUUUGUCUUCAAGACUUGUUAGGUUUUGAUAAAGCAAGUAAAACCCUUGAUUGGCUCUUUUCGAAGUGCAAGACACCGAUUAAGGAGUUGGUUGAAGAAACAAAUUUCUACUCAUCUUCCACAGCGUCUUAUCAGUCAAAAACGAGUUUUCUGGAAGCGGUUAUGGGUGUACGUGAUGGGGGCAAAUCGAAAAAGAAAUCAGAAAUCAAAUAUGUUGAAGGAAAAGGGAAGCAAAGUAAACGAAAAUCAAAUGGAGUAUUUCAAGAUAAUCUUGAAAGAGGCCACUCAAGGGCCAUGGCAAGAGCGAGAGCAAGAGAAAGGGUGAGAGAGAAGAUGCGAAUCAGAAAGCUUGAUGAUGAGUUGACGACAGUAGUUCAUGAUGAUUUUGACUACCAAAACUUCAAAUCAAGUGUAGGAGAUGAUCAUAAGGUGAUUUCAGCGCAUCCUGCAACCUUGUGAUCGUUGAUCGGCAAUAGUCAUUAAUGGUGGAAUUGGAGUGACCAUAUUUUAAGGAUAAAUUAAAAUCAAGUGGAGGAUAUAAUCAUAGUGUGAUUUCGUUGCUUCCUGCAUCCUGAUUGUACUAUGCAUGGUGAAGCUUGAGUAAUAUUUUUUUAAGGACGCCAGGAUUGCAAGUCAUGCAGAAUUGUUUUUAUUGGAUAAUAAUUAAUAUUGUUAUGGCUGUUAAUGCUUUUGAGGGAUUCUACUGAAUCUUUACUGAUUUGAGAUAAAGCGAUUGUGACGAUGUUGCAUAAUAGUUAGAGCCUCUGAUUUUCGUGUUGUUGACUUUCAACAAGCAAGU